AUGAAUAGAUUGAUACUGCCUCGCAGACAGCUUCUCACCCAGAGAUUUGGCGUUUCCCUUAUCAACAACUCACGCAAGAUGCAUAUCCAGUCGAUUCCCAUGUGGGUUGGGAGCUCCAACAACUAUGCGUAUCUCGUGGUUGAUGACAAGUCCAAGGAUGCUGUCAUUAUUGAUCCUGCGAACCCGCCAGAAGUUGCUCCUAUUCUAAAGGAUGCCAUUUCAUCAGGCCAGAUUAACCUGACGGCCAUUGUCAAUACUCAUCACCACUGGGAUCAUGCCGGAGGCAACAAGAAGCUGCUUGCUGAUCUGAACAAUGAGAAACUCACCAUCAUUGGUGGCAAGGACUGCGAGGGUGUCACCAAGACGCCACAGCACGGAGAGACUUUCCAGAUCGGCGACAUCUCUGUCAGGGCCGUCCAUACCCCUUGCCACACGCAGGACAGCAUCUGCUAUUUUAUGGAGGACUCUACCGGCAAGGCAGUCUUCACCGGUGAUACUCUUUUCGUUAGCGGAUGCGGUAAAUUCUUUGAGGGUAACGCGGCGGAGAUGCAUGAGGCGCUGAACAACCGCCUUGGAGCACUGCCAGAGGACACUGUUGUCUAUCCCGGACACGAGUACACAAAAUCAAACGUCCGAUUCACCGUUUCUGUGUCCCAGACGGAGCCUAUCAAGAAACUCCAGGAAUUUGCGGAGAACAAUGAAGUUACGACGGGCAAGUUUACGAUUGGCGAUGAAAAGAAGCACAAUGUUUUCAUGAGAGUCAACCCUCCGAAGCGCAAAACCGGCGGUCCCUCCACCGCGCCCAAGCCGCGACAGUCGAGGCUCGCCAAGGAACAUAAUGUCUCUGCACAAGAGGAAGGCGAGAUUAAGGAAGCCUUUGGCCUGUUUGCGGAGCCGAUGGACGGCGAGAAGAACGGCGUCUUGCCCAUUAACGAUGUCAAAUCGGCGCUCAUAGCCCUCGGAAUCCCCCCGUCCACCCCCGCCGAGCUCCACGAGUUCAUUUCCAUCCUCGACCCCGACAACGACGGCUACGCCACCUACGAGCCCUUCUUCGCCAUCUGCGCCCUCAAGUUCCACGCGCGCGAGGACGACACAGACGCCCACCACCGCGAGGAGCUCAUCGAGGCCUUCCAGCUCUUCACAAACGGCCACGACGGCCCCAUCACGCUGGCGCACCUGCGCCGCGUCGCCGCCGUGCUCAAGGAGGACGUGGACGAGGAGCUGCUCAAGGACAUGAUACUCGAGGCGAAUGGCGGCGUGGGCGUUGCAAGGGGCGUGGAGCUGGAUGAGUUUGAUGGCGUGAUGAGGAACGCUGGAGUGUGGCGGUGA